AUGGUGGUGAAACACAUACUGGAGGAGAGGAGAAGGGUGGUGGAGGUGGUGUUCACUGUGUUCGUCGAGAUGUUGCGUGAAGGAGGUUGUGCUGUUGAUUUGACUCCUGAAGGAGGAGCUUGGGAACUUAAAUUAGGGCUCAGACAGAAUGGGGGGAUGUUG